UAAGACUAGAGUAACAUCACCAUUGAGGCUAUCAUCAACUGCCAUACGUGUCUCGCAAAAUUCACGGUUUCACGCAAUCUGUCGCGUAAAAAUGGCCUUCAGCAAUGCUGCUAACAACGGCGGAGAUGUUGCAGCGCUCGACCACUCCAAACUGGCAUUCCACCUGACCACUCCCAUGCCCACAAACCCAGCGUCGGAUCUUAGCCAAACCGGCUGCACCGACCAUAUGCUGGUCUGCCACUGGAGUGAAGCCAGUGGCUGGGCGGCUCCUGAGAUUCGCCCGUACGGCCCUCUGUCCAUCAUGCCCAGUGCCAGCGCUCUCCAGUACGCUACGGAGUGCUUUGAAGGCAUCAAAGCCUACCGCGGCGAUGACGGCAAACUGCGUCUCUUCCGGCUUAACCUCAACUGCAAACGCAUGCUCAAGUCCUCGACCCGCGUGGGCCUGCCCGCGUUUGAUACCUCGGCCCUGGAAAAGCUGCUCCGCGAAUUUGUCGUCCUGGAGGCAGAAAAGUGGCUUCCCCGAGACCGAAAGGGCGAGACAUUGUACCUGCGGCCGACUCAUAUUGGAACCACAGCUGCACUCGGGGUUCAGAAGCCUCAGCACUCUACACUGUACGCCAUCGCCACCCUCGCCCCCGGCUUCAAGACGAAAAGCGGUGGCAUGACUGUCGUCACAUCACCGGCAGAUUCUUGUCGAGCGUGGCCAGGUGGCUUUGGAAGCGCCAAGCUCGGUGCGAAUUACGGGCCAACGCUUGUGGCUCAUGCCGAUGCGACUGCCAGAGGCUUUGAUCAAGUUCUGUGGCUUUAUGGUGCCCAGGAGUACGUCACUGAGGCAGGAGCUAGCAAUUUCUUCGUCGUCUGGAAGACGAAGGAGGGCGAGACUCAGUUGGUGACUGCUAGCCUGAAUAACCAGACCAUUCUGGAAGGCAUUACUAGGCAGAGCGUCAUUGAACUUGUCAACCAUCGAGCAAAGGAUGCCCAGAGCUGGAUUGUCGACAAUACCGCGCUAGAACCUCUUACGGUUGUUGAGAGAGAUUUCUCCAUGACUGAGAUUCGUGAGGCCAUUGCGGAAGGACGGCUGGUGGAGGCAUUCGCAUCCGGCACUGCGUACUUCAUCGCACCACUUAGUCUUAUCCACCACCGAAACGAGGAUCUCGUCAUCCCUCGCGAAAACGGGGAUUCUGGAUUCUACGCCGCACUGAUCAAGGGUUGGCUUAGUGACAUUGUGUACGGCCGGGCUGAGCACUCCAACUGGGCCAGUGUAGUCGAGGAUGUUUAGACAAGUAUAUAGAGAUGUAGGGCUAUUUGGCCAAUUCAUAGCCGAGAGUGAAUUUACAUUCGACAUUCCCGUUG